AUGGGAUUGGUGGCGGGCGAUGCCUAUACAGGUUCAUACACUAGGAAUCCAUUCAACUUUCAGUCCUACGGUGCAUCGAGCGUUGGGUUGUUUGUAAACAACGUCAGUGUACCGUAUCGACCCCACAAAUUGGAGUUCGCCAACAAAACCCAGUGCUACGUCACGGUCUUCCGUAGUCUGUUUGAAGUCGCCGACAAGGCCGACCUCGAUACGGACAAUGCCCUCGACCGUGACGACUGGUCGCGUGGCUUUGCUUUGUACGGCUUUCAGUUGACUCCGACCUUUGGCGAGGACGAGCACCUGUCUCCGAGUCAAAACGCGGACGUUAGACUGGAGAUAGCCUUUUCCAAUACGCUAACGGAGACUGUCUCCUGCAUAUUGUACUCUGAAUUCGACGACGUCUUUGAAAUAGACCAGACUCGUAACGUCAUAGUAAUUUCCAAGUGA